AUGUUUCUCGAUUACGAGUUGGAGGAAGAUUUGAUGGGCCUCAAAGUUCAGCCUAUGUCGGUUACGAUAUUGAAGGACAAGCAGAAUCUGAUUGGAAUCAGCAUUGGGGGUGGUGCCCCGCAUUGUCCAUGCUUAUUCGUUGUGCAAGUUUUCGACAAUACUCCAGCGGCGAAAGUGGGGACACUGGAAUCUGGAGAUGAAAUUUUAUCGAUUCAAACACAGUCUGUUAAAGGAAAGUCGAAACAGGAAGUUGCAAAAAUGAUACAGAGUGUUAGAGGAGAUGUGAAUAUCGGCUUCAACAAGCUUGUAUGUCCAGACUUGAAUGAAGGAAAAUCGAUAGAUAUAAUAAUGAAGAAGUUGAAGCACAGGAUGGUCGAAAGCAUGUCAUCGCAAACGGCUGAUGCUUUGGGGCUUAGCCGAGCUAUUUUGUGCAACGAUACUUUGAUCAAAAAAUUCGAAGAACUUGAAAAGACGUCUUCAAUGUAUAAGGGCUUACUGGAGCAUUGUAAAAUUCUUCUGCGUGGAUAUUUUCAGCUUGCGCAUGCUCAUAAGCUAUUUGGAGAUGUGUUUUCGACCAUUGGAGCGAGAGAACCUCAGCAUGUUGCUUCAGAAUCGUUCCGAAAAUACGCAGACUCCCAUCGAUCAAUCGAGAAAUUUGGAAUCAAGCUGCUAAGAACCUUAAAGCCAAUGGUCAGUGACCUAGAGACUUAUCUAACUAAAGCAAUACCAGAUACUAAGUUGACAAUCAAGCGUUAUGCAGAUGUGAAGUUCGAGUACUUAUCGUACUGCCUGAAGAUAAAAGAGAUGGACGAUGAAGACUACGCCUAUUGUUCAAUGGGAGAAAUACUCUACCGAGUCGAAACAGGCAACUAUGAAUAUAGAUUACUUCUUCGCUGCCGACAAGACGCCAAGAAGAGAUUCGCUAAACUGAGACACGAUGUCCUGGAAAAACUUGAAUUACUGGACAACAAACACGUGCAAGAUAUUGUGUUCCAAAUGCAACGCUUCGUUACAGCUCUUUCGCGUUAUAAUACAGACUGCCACGAAAAAUUGGAGUCAUGCAGUGAUAUUUUCCCAAUUGAGGUAGACUUGCAGGCGACUACUCUGAACUACCACAAAAAGAAUGACUUCUCGGAAGAUGGUCAGGAGGAACUCGAAAACAAUCAUGAUAAUCAAGAAGACAGACAGAAUAAUGAUGGCAAUCUCAACAAACCAGAUGUAACUGUAGAUACAGAACUACUGGAACUAGGCGAGAAUAGCGCAUCUCAACCAUUGAAUUUUGAUGCAGACUUUUUCGGAUCAGCGGUACAAUCCGACUCUGGAAAUCCCUUCGGUGCAUAUCCUAGACAACGCCAAUCGCUGCAACAUUCCUCAGAAAUUGACAAGUUGCUUGAUUAGCAAGCAUGUAUAGCAAUAAUUUAAGUCACUGGUGGAAAUUAGAAUUUUGUUUAUAUAUAAAUCUUUUAAGUCUUUAUUCAAAAAUGGUUGCAUGUUUUUGUGAAUGACAAGAGAAUUUAGUAUUUUCUUUGGAAAA